AUGGCAACUGAUAACAUCUUACUUGCUCCUUCCACCCCGUUGCUCGAGGAGCAGAAUGUGGUAGCUCAGCCGCAGCUAGUGCCAAAGCCGCGACGCAGGUCGCAGAAAUUCAAACAGAUUCAGGACAGCUCAGUGAGUGAAACACCAUCUCAUCCUGGCAAUAUAAUGAGCUUUGGUCAAAUUGAUCCGCAAGGAUUGCUUGGUUCAUCCGGAGUCAGCCUUCAAGAUAAUCCAAAAUCAUUGGAAAACUUGGAUAAGGAGACAAGCAUGUCUCGUCCGGCCCCCACUGUGCUUCUGUUACCGGAUCAUCAUAUCACAAAGAACAAAGAAGCUAGUGCUGUAAUAAUAAAACAGGAAUCUUUUGUUGCACCUAUGCUUCCAGACUAUUCCUUGAGGAACGAGAAACAGAAGCUCGAAGAUUCAUUUCAACCUACUUUUUCCCUGAUGAAAUUAGCAUAUCAGCAAGGGAUGCUGAGUUCAUCCAGAGUACGCUUUCAGGAGAAUGAAAAACUAUUGGAGGACUCGGACAAGGAGAGGAGCAUGUAUCAUCCUGGACAGAGUGUGCUUCAGUCACCUGAGCAACAAAUCGCAAAUAACAAGGAGUCUGGUGCGGUCAUAACGAACUGUGAAUGCUUAGUUCCACCUAUGAUUAUGGAAGAGUCUUUGAGGAAGGGGAAACAGAAGCUAAUCGAAGAGUCAUUUCCAUCUACUUUUCGUCAUAUUAAUGUAGCAUCACAGCUUCCAAGUGCAUCGUUGAUGAAUGGACCGUGUCCAUCAAGAGUUUCUCAGCUUAACUUGUUGUGGCUGUUACAGAAGCAAAUUCAACUAUCGAGGACUUAUGAGAAACGUCCAGAAGUUGUGCCUGACAUAAGAUCAAUCUAUACACCAGAAAUGUGCGCUCAACGUGUGAAGCAAUACAUGUAUCGUCAGCAGCAAAGACCAAGAGACAACAAUAUCGAGUUUUGGAGGAAUUUAGUUGCAGAAUUCUUUGCUCCUAAUAUCAAGAAGAGAUUGUGCCUCUCAUCGAAUAAAAAUAGACAGCAAAUAAGUGGUAUUUUCCCUCAGGAGGCAUGGUGCUGUGAGAUCUGCAAUGUGAAGCCUACUGCUGGUUUUGAGAUGAGUGCAGAAGUUUUACCUAGGCUAUGCAAAAUUAAGAACGAGACCAGUAUGAUGGACGAGCAUCUUUAUAUGGAUAUACCUGAAGAAUGUUAUACACCAUCCGGUCACAUUGUUUUGAACUACGCAAAAGUAACAGAACGAAGUGUUUAUGAGACAGCACGAGUGGUCCGUGAAGGCCGGCUGAGAGUUGUGUUCUCUUCAGAUCUAAAGAUUUCUACGUGGGAGUUCUGCUGUUCAUUUCACGAAGUUUAUAUUGAUCGAAGAUCAGUUACUCCCCAGGUUCAUCAACUCAAGGAAGCAAUCCAGAAAUACAAAGUUUUUGCUGAGAGUAGUUUAGGGAUUUCUACUGAAGAAUUUCAAAGAAACACCAACAAGUUUGCCCCAUCAAUACGUGAAUUAGCAAGAUCUUUGGACAAGUCAUUGAUCAAUGACCUUGGUUAUCCUAAGCGCUAUGUCCGAUGUCUCCAGAUAUCAGAAAUAGUCAGCAGCAUGAAAGAUCUAAUGGAGUACAGCAAGAAAUACGGGAUCGGACCUACAGAGGCAAUGGCCAGGAUUCAUCGUGAAUCAGCUGUAUCACGUGUGGCACAUAAUUCAGUUGCAGAAGAAGGGCCUCAACAACAUAUAGAUGAUACAAUAAGUCAGAGCUCUUCAGUAAUAAGUUUUGCUCCUUAUCCAUCUACUGAUGAAGGCACAAAAAGUUUGAAAUGUAGUUCCCCUCAUGCUGCAUCACCAACUUCCUCUACUGCUUCGUCCAAAAGGCUAGUAGUUCACCAAGAAGACCUUGUUGAAGCUAAAAGAAAGAAACAAAUGACAAACUCAGGAGAGAAUUCUGUUCUUCCUGCUACCACCGAGCCCGUGUUGAAUCAGCCAGUCUCCAUAACUCCUCCUUCUUCUUCCAUUAGGCGAUCAGUAGUUCAACCAUCUGUUAUUGUUCCCUCUAGUACUAUGUCCGUUGAACCUAAUGAGUAUCUGAGCUCAAAGGUGAAGGUUGAAGAAGAUCUUGUCACUUCCCAAAACUUAGCCAUUGCUGAAGCUGAUGCUUCGAUUGAUACUAAAUUAGUUCUGAACCAGAAUGAGAACAACGGUAACUACUGCUAUGGUUUUGAAACAGAUGGGACGGUUGGAAAAAGCUAUUACAUGGAUCAGUUGGAGAAUCUGAAUGGGGCAGGUUUUUUCCCUGGCAUUCACAUUGGAUCUCCUUUAACCGGAACGUUAAUGGUGAAUGAUACUCGUGGCAACAACCAACAAUCCAAUGACCAAUUGCCUUAUUUGAAUGGAGAAAUGGAUCCCAUCGAUGACAUUCAGUUCGACUGAAAACUUUAUGGUGCUUUUUUAUCAAUAAUAGUUGCAUGUUUAGAAACUUUAGUAAUGCAAGUUUUCCUUUCUUUAUAUAACUUUUACUUGUUUUGUAUGAAAUGAAGAUCUUUUCUUCUUUCAUUGUUGUAAUAGCUAUAACUAGUUGUGCUUGAAACUUAAAAACUUUUCCUUUUGCAAUGAGUGCAUCAACUUUGCUUUGGUCUUUCUGUUUUCUAGUUCUCUAUUCUAUUAUACAUUUAAGUUCAAAAUGUGGAUAUUAUUU